AUGGAGGAGGGGAGGGGAGGCGGGGACGUGGAAGAGGAGGGGGAGAGGCUAGGAGAUGAGAGGGUGGCAGACGGAGCAUUGGAAGGGACCGAGAUUGCAGGAGAGGGAGGUUCAGGCGGAGGUGAAGCAGGAGAGUGUGCUGCAGAUGAAGCGAGCGCGGAUGGGGAGUGUGGCGCGAAGGAGGAGAAUUCUGGGCCGACUCAAGAGUCGCCUGGUGCUGCGUGUACGGAUGGGGGGUGUGGGAGUGGGACGGAGGAGGAGAAGGGCGAGGGGGUGGAGCGUGAGGAGGGGGAGGAAAGAGGCGGUGGAGAGGAGAUAGCAGCCGAGGCGGGGAGUGGGGAGAAGGAGAGGGAGAACGUGGAGGAGAGAGAAGGAGAGGAGCGGGGAAGAGAAGUGAGUGAAAAUUUGGAGAGGGGUGUCGAAAGGGAGAGGGAGGAGGAAGGGGAACGGCAGCAGGAAGGAGAAAAGGAGCAGGAAGGAGUGCCGGAAAAGGAACAGCAAGGGGAGGGGGAAGGGGAGAAUGGAGAGGAGCAGGAGAGGGUGGAGGAUGAUAGGCAGGAUGUGAGUGGGUCAGGAAAACCACCAGUUGAAACGAGUCGAUUGACAGAUGCUGCCUCGUGCUCUCCCUCUGCUCCUUCUCUCCCGGAGACCGCGGCAGAUGCCUCUCCGACUCCUGCUGUUGCCUCCGCUCCUGUGGCUAUAGCUGCUGGGAGUGCUGCGGCGAUUCCCGCAGCGAGUGCGGAUACAGAGGGGAUUCGUGGCAUUGCAGAUGGGUACGGUGCAGUGGGUGGCGGCAGGGAGUGCACCCCGCUGGUGGCAGAGGCAAGUGAGGAGCAGCAAUCUCACACAUUGCCAGCGAACACGCUGCACACACAGUCACAGACAGAGACAUGCGAGCAAGCGGCAGGCUGCCUUGUCCCCACCGCCCCAGAGUCGCCUUCCCUCCUCCCAGCCUCACCAGCAGCUGCUGCCGCCUCUCCUCUCCCUACUACAGCCUCUCUCUCCUCAGCCACCCCUCCCUCCGCCACACCUCCUCACCCCUCUUCUUCUCCUCUCCCCGCUUUUCCAUACUCCCUUGCUCCUGCAACCCUCCCCUCUGAGAAUUCCUCUCCCCAGCCAACCCCCGCCCCUUCAGAGGCGUCCCCCCAGCCAGUCCUUUCCCCCGCUGCAAGCACAGCACCUGGCACCCCAGCCGCCCCUGCACUGCCAGAAUCAUCAUCAUCAGCAGCAACAGCUGAUUCCCCCCAUGGGGUUCCAGACGCAGAGAAGGGCAUUCUUGGCAAAGGCUACGGACCCCCUCUCACCCUGCCCAUGCCCAUACCUCUGCCCAUGCCUAUGCCUCUGCCUGUGCCUCUGCCCGUUCCCCCUGGUGUUAGCGCCAUGCAGUGCGCGCCUGGGGGCUGGGCUGGUGUUGCUGCUGAUGCUGCAUGGCAUGCCAUGCCUGCUGGCAUGCCCGCGCACGGAGGGGGUCCAAUGGCCGUGCCGGGAGGGGUGCCCAUGCCUAUGCCUCCUGUGCAUGGGGAAAUGUACAUGCCCAUGCAUGCCGCUUGUGCUGCAGGCGUGGGCGCAGGCAUGGGCGCAGGCAUGGGAACAGGUAUGGAGAUGGGUAUUGGGAUUGGUAGGGAACCGUGCAUGGGUAUGGGCAUGGGCACAGACAUUGGGUCAGGUAUGGGUAUGGAAGCAGGGUCGUCUGGUUGGGGCAGGGAUGUGAGGGCAUGGCAGGGGCAGGGGGCAAUGGAGGCCACUGGCUAUGUAGCUGAGAAGGAGUGGGGGAUGAGUGGAGAGGCGGGCAGAGCGGAGAGUGUGGGUAUGGGGAAGGGAGGGGAGGAGGAAGGAGAUGGAUGGGUGGGGUCGACGAUGGUGGGUGCUGAGGGUGGGACAGGUUGUGGUGUGGUUGGGAAAGGAGGCAGAGGAGGAGGAGGCGGAGGAGGUGGGGGAGUAGGAGCAGAGGGAGGAGGUAACAGUGGUAAGAGAGGAGGGAGAGGAUCAGGAGGAGCAGGGUCAGCCACGUGUGCAGCACCUGUCCACGUGUACUCCUUUGAGCAGCUCAAGCAGAUUGGGCUGCAAUCCGUCCAGUACCAGCGUGACACGUGGCGCACCAUGAAUGGCAGCACGCAGCUGGCUGUGGAGGAGCUCAUGAGGGACGUGAGGCUAGUGUUGGUAGUGCUGGCUGGCAAGCUGGUUCGUUUUGACACGUCUCAACUCAAAACAGACUUCUCCAUUCCACACCCCCGGGAUGACCUCGAGUACCUGCGCCGCGUCAGGUGGGAGCGGGAGCGACUUUUGAGGCGACUCCAAAGUCAACUCUUUCCUCGCCUCCUCUCGAAUCCCUUCCCCUCUUCUCUGGUCCGCCCUGUGCAGGUGGGAGCGGGAGCGUGUGAGUGUUGCAUGUGCCUGCCUGUCCCCGCCCUGUUGCUGCCGUCCCAUGAGUGGCGGCAGCACAUGCAAGCUGCAUUCGGGUACCUGCUGCGCCAGUGGCGGCAGUACGUGCAAGCUGCCUUUGGAUACCUGCGCCAGGUGGGUGCCUUUCUGCUGCGCCAGCUAGAUGUUUCCCUGCCGCCCGAGGUGGGUGCUGCUGUGCAUGGCAUGGUGCCAGGUGGGUGGGUGCUGUUGUGCAUGGCAUGGUGCCAGAGCCUUGAAGGCGUUGACGAAUCACGAGUCGCCACGUGUCACGGCAUGCCCAUCCCAUCCCACCGCGACCUGCACGCGUGGCACUCCUACUGCUUCGGCCGUGCACUGCCUUGUGAAAAAGGGGAGGGGGGCGAAGGGGCAGUGCGGGGAGGGGGUGUCAAACUGAAGGCGAAGAGGAGAUCGGGAAGGAAGGCGGGUGGUAAGGGUGAGGGAGAGGAUUGCAGAGAGGUGAACCAAGGGGAGGGAAGCGAGAGAGGAGAGAGUGAGGGUGGAGAGAGUGACGAGGAGGGAAGCAGAGAAGGGGAAGGGGAUGUGGAUGGGGAUGAUGAGGAGAAGGAUUUGAUUGGAGAGGAGGAGGGGGGUGCGUGGGAGGAGGACGUGGAUGGGGAGAGAGGGGGGGAUGAGGGAGUGGAGGAGGUUGGGGGUGGAGGAAGGGAGGAGGAGGUGGGUGGUGAAAGAGGAGAGGAUGAAGCGAAGGGUGAAAAGGGAGAGGAAGAAAAGGAGGAUGGUGGGGAGGGGAAGACGAAGGAGGGGGGUGAGGUUUGUUGUGGUUCGGAAGCAGAGGGUGGAGGGAUGGAGGAUGGAGGGAAGAGGGAGAUCGAGUGUGUGGAGAAAGAUUUAGGAGGAGAGGAGAGAGGUGAGGGAGGGGAGGCAUGUGAAGCAGGAGCUUAUGGGAAGGUGGAAGGCGGGAGUUUGAGAGAGGAGGCGGAAGGUGAUGCCAGUGCGAGCGUGCAUGACAUGGUAAAGCAGCAGCAAGGAGAGGGACGAGGGGAAGGAGAGGCGCCCAGGGGCCUGGCGCUGCUGCUGCCGUGUGUGACUGCACAAGCGCAGAGCAAGGCACCCUCAGAAGGAAUCUCAAGAGGGCUCACAGAAGGGCUGCUGGAAAAGCUGUCAGAUCAGCUGCCGGAGGGGCUUUCGGUAAAGGGGCUUUCUGUGACGGACCCUCAAGGCGUUGCAGAGAGGGUGGUUGCACAAGGGGAGACGGCAGGUGAUGGUGUGGCAGGGGAUGAUGUGGCAGGGGAUGGUGUGGCAGGGGAUGGUGUGGCAGGGGAUGUGAUGGAAAGGGGCGAUGGAGAUGCUGACGUGGCAGCCAUGGAGUGCGUGCUCCCGGGCCGGGCCAAUCAGCUCGCUCCGUUGCUCGGCACAGUGCUGCACUGUGACGCGGUUGGUCGCGCCGCGCUCCUCCGCGCCCAUGUGGACUGGGCCAUCGGCCAAUCAGCAGUCGACACGUGGCGCGGCAUGUGGCUGGUGGCGUGGGCGGCGGGGGUGGACGAGCCAAUAGAAGCGGAGACUGCAGCAUCACUGCGAGAGCUGCUGAGGAAGUGUGCUGGGCUGAGGGCUUCGAUACAGUCACGCGAGGACGAAGGGCUGGAAAUGCUGAAUGUGCUUAUAGAGAUUGCAGGGGCGUAUUUCAAGCAGGGGUCCAAGGAGGAGAUGGAGCAGGCUGUGUGGGAGGAGCAGGAAGGUAUUGACGGGGAGGGAAUGGCAAGAUGGGGAGGAGAGGAGGAAGGGUCUGGGGUGGUUGGUACUGGUGGGGAGGGUGUAGAAGCAGAGCAGGAGAGCAUGGAGAUGAUUGAUGGAGGGGAGCAGCGUGUGGCAGAUCCAGCAGGGGCUGUUGAGGUGGGCACAGAGGUUGAGGCUGUAGUGUAG